AUGGCUGCCACCGGUCGAGGCAGAGGUAGGGGACGAGGAUUGCUUCAGCAAACUCCGACUGCUCCUGGGCACCAAAAAGAAUCAACGAGCGAGAAUGGACUUGAUGAGCUCAGCAUGAUGAUCAACAAUCUUACACUAAACAUUGAUGAAGAUGAUUUAACUCAAAUUCAUCAGAAAACAGAAAAAGCUGUAAAGAGUUCUGACGACCUUAAACGUAUUGCGGAGAUGAUUUAUCAGAAGUGCCUGAAGGACAUGGAAUUUGCUAAAUGUGGUGCUUGUAUCUGUGACAGAAUGCAGGAUGUGGAAGUUCAGGGUUCAAAGUUCAGGACAACAAUGUUGGCUCUCGUUCAGAAAGAUUUCAAAGAUAAAGAUAUAACAAGGAAGAACAAUUUGAAGAAAUAUUUGGGAUUUUUCACAUUUUUGUGUCAAAUAUUUAGUAAUAUGCGCCUAAAACAAGGUCAGUGUCUGGAGCCGCUGGUCGCACCGAUUUAUGACUGCCUUGAGAUGAGUGUUGAUGACCAGCAAUGUAAAGAUGAUGAGCUGGAGACUUUUUCUCUACAAUUACAAGUGAUUGGAAAGGAGUUGGAUUCUACCAACCAAAGCCGAAUGAAUGCACUCAUGGAAAAAAUAAGAAUGAGGAUUAUACAAGAUGGGUUAACAGCACGAGGGAGAUGUACACUACUGGAACUUGUUGAAUGUUACGCUCGAUCGUGGAAGACGAUGCCAAAUGACAUCACUCGAUUUUAUUGUGACGCCAUGGCUGAUGUCUUAGCUGGAAUGGUGAUAUGAGACAGAAAAUGGUCACUAGUGGUUGAGAUACCUUUUGUUUCUGACAGGUUGGGUUGAUCCAGAAUGAGAUAGACAACACAACAACUGGUUGCCAUAGUUACUGUAGAGUGAAAGUUAAAUAAGGACUGAUUCUGAGUAAAAUAGACAGUAUUAUCACAAAUAGCAAUCUCAAGUACCUUAGAUACCUCUGUAUUGGAAUGAUCCAAAAUCUAACCAUGUCCUAGAUAUUCCAUUCUCUGUCUUUGGGGAGGUCAGGUAUACCAUCAAGAGAUACUUUAUCAGUAAACUGUAUGUCAAGGUGAAUUUGUGUUGAAGUUUGAAAAUGUUUGACAUGUCACGGGUAACAUUCCUAGCUAGGAAAACUGAUUAGCCUUUUAGUCAGAUUGUCAAUGAUAGAAUUUAUACUCUAGGUAAUAGAUGGAGAUUUCUGAAGAUGUGUCUCCAUCUUUUGUUUAUUUGAUAUUCCUGUAAAACAGUAAAUACGCCAUUUUAUACUUGUUUUACAAUGACCUUGACCUUUUAUUUAGGGGCGUAUACUAUCACUUUUGUCCCUCUGUCCUGUUAUGAAUCAUUGUCAAUACUUGAGAACUUGAGAACAGAUUUAAUCUAUAUUUACAGUAUAGUAUACUAACAUCCUUUCCCUGAUCAGGUUAUUUUGCAUAUGAACACAGGAGCUGGGGCAAUUUUCACUUAAGACAUUUUCUACUUUUUUUCACCUUUGCAUAAGAUGGAAUCUUCCAUUCAGUGUAAAUAAGAAAAUGGUAAACUGUUUUGUUAAUGCCAAUUAUUAACAUGUUUACAACAAUAGUACUUUUUUUUUAAUAUGUUCAUAUUUUUUUUUAAAUCUUGCUUUUGAAUAUGACAAGUAUUUUAACAUAUACAGGUAACAUGACAUUAUGAUAAAAAAUUAUUUCAAGAAUAUUUUUUCGACAUAAAACAUGUUUAUUUACAUCAGACGUAUCAAAACUGUCUAGAAAAAAAGCACAUACCAUAGGUAUUUCUCUGUUACUGAUAUUAAAUUAUUGUGAAGAAGUUUUAGAUAUUCAAAUGAACUGCCUCCCUAGAUUAAUCUUAUCUACAUUCUGUUAUUAAAAUAGUGGUCCAGGAGUGAAGACAACCCUGCUUAUUUGUUAUAUAUCAGGGUUUAUUCCAUCAUAUAUCUUCUACAGCUGGUUGUCGAUAUGUUUUAGCAUUAAGUUAGGCCAUCAUCAGGGCUUACAUGAUAAACAGUAACAGUGACAAUAGAGGUUGUGUGAUUACAAUAGAUUAUGACGUCAUCAGUAACACAAACUCCACUGCAGAUCCUGGACAAAUUCGACUGAAUUAAGCAUUUGAGGAUGGAGAGAGCCUGAUUCAUCAGUGUCUUUACAUACUGAGGUUCUCUGGUAAAACCUAAUCAUUCUAGAAUGAAAACCAUUUGUAUACUGUAUUCAUUUGACUUCAUUUAAUUGUAGUGAAAUAUUUAAAGAUUAGGGAGCUCUCCUCUGGGAGUUAUGGCAAGGAUUUUAUGGUUGGAGUGCUCUCCCCUGAUUGCUAUACCAAGGAAUGUUGUGACAUCCAAGAAUUACUUCCUUAUUUGGUUUGGUUCCAGUUUUUAGUUUGUGUAAUAUAGAAAAAGUGGCCUGAAGAUAUUGUACUCCCUUUUGUCAAACACAGCACUUUUAUCACAAACAUAGGUUAUAGUCAUUUUCAGAUUUUGUUUUGUUUCCUCCAAUUUUGAAUUUUGCAUUUGACUGGUGAUGGCUGUGAUAAAUCUAUUGACAAUCACUACAACACUCAGUUUACAAAUCCUAUAGAGGACAGUGAUAUUUGUUCAUUAACCUGACACAGGCAUAUCACUAAUUACAGAAAUAUGCUUGGAAUGAGGAUCCUGUGCCUUUUAAUUAAUCAUAAAGAGUAAUUAAAUUCGUAAAUCAAUGAAAAAAUAGACUGGCUCAGCUUGUACCUAGUAGAUUUUAUCUCCACUACAAUCAUGAAUUUUAUUUUAUCUAAACGAAUGUAUUUAUAUACAUCAUUGAAACAUGUAUAUAGUUCUAUCCAUCACUCCUUCUGAACUGGUAAAUCUAUACCCUCACGUCCGUCCUACAAACUUAUAGUCCAUAUAUCAUGACUUAUGUAUCUGGGGUAUAUAUACAGGUAAAAUUACAAAAUACAACCUACAAUUUUGUAAAUUCAGAAUUUACACUAACAAUUUACCAAUAUGUUUUGAUGAAAUUAUAGUAUAUGUAGGUAAUGUGUUUAGUUCCUCCUCAACAUUUGUGUGGUGUUAAUAGAAUGUCAUUUAUUGUUUCUAAUUGAUGUGUCGCACAUUGUUGACAAAUAUUUUUAAGUUUUGGAUUUUUUGUCAUUGGUCUGACCUGUACCCUCAACUUCUACAUAUUUAUGUCUUUGGUGAGAAUUUCAGGCAUGAAUGAAACUAAAAUGAGAUUGAUUCAUUUUUACAUAUACAUCUGUUCACAUGUUUACACUGAAAAUGUUUACACUGAAAAAUUUGACAACACUAAGUGCAAUGUUAUUGUGUUGUUUAUAUGGUACGUAUGGAGUUACUGUGAUGGGAAAAUUCUUCAUUGAACUAAUAUACAAAAAAAAGGUAACAUUUUAAAAAUUAUUGUUUUCAAUUGAUGUUGUUUACAAUAUAUGAGACACGUCAAAUUUGUGUUUCUGAGCAUCACCUUGACUUUAAAAGUCAUCAUUUUCUGAGAACAAUUGAAAUGUUUUCAUUCACCUCCUUGUUUUCAGUGUUGACACCUUGGUCAGAGGCAAAUCAGGGUUAUGGAGCUUCAUUAAACUUCAUUCCCACAGUGAUACCCACUGCUCUUUACAGUAGUAAUCAUUUUAUGAGAACAAAUGCAAUAUUUGCUUGUCGUGCAAUUUUUCCUUAUGCUGGAGAAAUAAUUUAAAGUUUGAUUUCUUCCAGGCUGGGAAAAAAGUGUUGACAAAAAUGUAAUAAAUUCUUAAUAAAGUAGAA